AUGGCGGACAUAUGGCAAGAUGCAAGAUCUGCAAGCUUCACGAAGGAGAAGCUGCUUAAUCAUAUUCAAGAGCGCGGCGAAGACAUUGUCAACGAGCCGGACCAGAAGUUACAGUAUACGCCAUUGGUAUACGCCAUCAAUAGCAUGCGCUUCAGAAAUGUCGAGCUGCUAUUGAGCAACAAAGCCGAUCCUGAGAAACCUGUUGGAGAUGGGUCUGGCGAGACUCCUAUGUACUUCGCUGCAUCUUUGACCAAAAACGGGGCAAGAAUCGUUCAGCAACUCCUAUCGAAGCGCGCCAGAAACUUCGAUGAGCCAACCUCCACGAAGAAAGAAACUCCGCUUAUGAGGGCGGUUGCUGUUGGACGAGAUCCCGAGGUUGUCAAGUUACUCGUACGCAAUGGUGCUUCGCUACAGAAGAAGAACUCUGAUGGCAAGACUGCUGCAGACUUGGCUGCAGAAAUUCAAGAUCCAGACACCAGAAAGAAGAUUCAGGACGCUCUCAAGACUGUUCCGGACAGGGAUCGCGGAGGUGUCUUGACGUAUUUCUCCAAUUGGGCGGUAUAUGUCCUCAAAUUCUUCAACAGAUGGACGCCACUCGGUAGCAUUCUAGCUGCUGCUUCGAACGUGUUCUACAAAGUGGCGGGAUCAAAGAUCCCCGAAUUACCGGAUGGAGAGACAGUCGAUGAGCCUAAGACUGUAGAAGACUUCAAGAAUAAUCUCCAAGAUGCCAUCAACGAGAAUGGCCUCGGGAGAUUCUACGAUAAACCUGGUGACACCUACUUGGACGACGUAGCGAAACAAGUUUUCGACCUUAAGAAUGAUCCUAGCAACCCCUUGCAAGAACCCCCAGAGUUACAAGGCCUCGCGAAUCUAGCCCUGUACCAGCCUGUCAUAUAUUGUGAUGACAGUGCCUCUAUGCGCGAUGACUUCCCCAGUAACGGCGAAAAUCGGUGGCCGCGUCAGCGUGGUCUUGUUAAGCGCAUCACAGAAAUCACAAACCGGGCCGUGCCAAACAAAAGAGGAAUAUUUCUUCGUUUCCAGAACAAUCCAAUGGCAGGUGCGGGAAUGAUGGGUGAUGAGGUAGACACAAUUCUGACAGCCGAACCAUCCGAAAAUAACUGGACGCCCAUUGGCUCUGGGCUCAAGAAGAAUGUGCUACAACCCUUGGUCUACGACGUUGUGAGUAGCGGUAAAGAAUUAGAACGACCAUUACUUAUCUUGAUGACUACCGAUGGAUGUCCUUGGUGUCAAGAAGACGCGAAAGAUGGUAUCGAGGACAAGAUAUCAAUCGAGUAUGGGUUUUUCCGGGACAAUAUUGUCGAAUGCAUGGAUUUCCUCAAGGAGCACAACUACCGCCGGGAUACUGUAAUUUUCUGUCUUAACCAAAUUGGAAGUCAUCCUGAUGCAACAUGGUUCAUGGGAGCACUAGAGAAAGAGUCUAAACUAAGCCAGGUGCUCUAUCUCACAGCUGAGCGUCUCGACGACAAGUUCGAUGAUCUACAAGAGAAUGCUCGAAAUCUGGAGACAUGGCUUUUGGAAAUACUUCUCAAGCCACUUACAUCCAUUUACGCACCGUAG